GGUCCAGCUGGAGAAAACAGUUGAUUUUUGAUAUAAAGAAAUGCGGGUCGUUUCGUGUGAAAUGAUGUUGUAGUAUUUUUCCAGCACAACCAAGAUCACAACAAGGUAACAUAUGUGCAUUGUGCUCCUUUGGUUUGUUCGCUAUUGACGGUUAAAGUCUGAAUGUGCCAGUCUGCUGCCAACUUUAGGUUCAUGAGUUCCAAAGGCUGACACCCAAACAAACUGACCCCCAUGUGAGGUUUUAACAGGAAAAACAACACUGAGCUGAAUUUGGAGGAGCGGCAAGCAUCUACAGCACGGAACCAGCAACAAUGCGUGCACGAUAUAAAAAGGUUGUGGGACUUAUUUUAGUCAGUGGACUCGCUGUAACUCUGUUCCACACAUGGAGCCAUUCAACCAGCUCAGAAGUUGACAUACAGCCCAGACUGGGGACACCACUGAAGGAGCUUCUACAAAGGAUACAUCGAGAUAACAUCAGUGACAGUCAGGUUGAUGGCUACCACAUAAAGGAGGAUGUGGCAUGCCGUUUGGGACAAAAUGCAUGUGUAUGUGUGGCUGAUAAGGAAACCUUUCACCUCCCCAUGUCUGACUGGUUUUUCCCUCGUGUAUGGGCUCACAACCUGGACCUCACAUUCUUACAGUCCCAUCCUGAUCCUGAAGGUGUGAAGAGCCACAGAGCUCAGGAGUACAACAGCUUUAAGAAGAGGUCUUACAGUCCAGCAGAUGUGCUUAUUGUAGCUGAAGCCAACAGUCCUCUUCAGUACCCAACCCAAGGUGUAGAGGUGCGACCCCUCAAAACGAUCAUCAUCCCCGGCUUGGGUCUUAAAGGAGCUACGGCAUCCAAAUAUACGGUAUACUUGACAGCGUCACUUGGGACUUUUGAUGUUGCAGCCACUGUAGACAAAGUCUCAAUUGAAGGAGAAGGACAAAAGCACAUUGUACUGUCAAGUCCUCUUCUUUCAGCUCUGAACAGGCAGCUGCAGUUUGUCACCUACACAAACACUGUGUUUCAUCCCAAGACAGCAGAUACAGUUCAAUUUGCAACUGAAGGAUACCAGUCAUUUUUCAUCAUUAAAGUCGGGCAUAAACCCGUCCCUACACUUUACAACUCUGGAUACCAACAAGAGUACAACAUUAGUGCGAUUGUUACUAUAGCAACCAAAACCUUCCUGCGUUACGACAAACUCAAAGAUCUCAUCGACAGCAUACGGCAAUACUAUCCCACUGUUACCAUAGUGAUAGCAGAUGAUAAUGAACACCCUCAACCAGUGACGGGGCCACACAUUGAACAUUACAUCAUGCCAUUUGGGAAGGGUUGGUUUGCGGGAAGAAACCUGGCAGUGUCUCAGGUCACCACCAAGUACGUGCUCUGGGUGGAUGAUGAUUUUAUUUUCUCUACAAACACCAAGCUGGAGAAGAUGGUGGACAUCUUAGAGAGGACUACUCUGGACUUGGUUGGUGGUGCAGUGAGAGAGGUGACGGGCUACACUGCAACCUACCGCCAUACUAUUUCAGUGGAAGACGGAGGAAAAGAGGGUGACUGCUUACAUAUCAGGAAUGGCUACCACCACAUCAUUAAGGGAUUUCCCAGUUGUGUAGUAGCUGAUGCUGUCAUUAACUUCUUCAUGGGGAGGACAGAAAAGGUGCAGCAGGUGGGAUUUAACCCCCGCUUGGCACACCGGGGUCAUCUAGAGUUCUUCAUAGAUGCAUUAGGUUCCCUUCACAUUGGUUCCUGCAGCAACAUCAUUGUAAAUCAUGCAUCGAAGAUACAUUUACCUUGGAGUAAAACAGAAUCCCAAAAGAAGUACGAAAAAUUCCGCUACUCUCUCUCACCCGACGAUAAUAAAAUUCACACUGAAGUCUUCUACUUUAAAAACAGGUUCAAGUGUAUGACAAGUCACUGAGUCCAUGCUCUAUUUCUCUGUGGGCUCUUGAAUACAAGAGCAUAUAUUUGCAUUUAGACAUUAUGGAUAAAAGCCAUUACUCUGGAGGAAGAAACUCAGAUAGAGGACCAUGCACGUUUCCUAUUCAUAAAACUGGAUUAGCAUCCCGUGCCAGGUCUGUAGCCUGACCUCAAGAGAUUUUCCUCUGUGAAAAAUAAUGUCAAUGACAUCAAUAAACCAUGUUCAUUAGCAAAUUAAGUCUAGCUUCAGUGAACUGUAGACUAGCUCUCAGGUUGAAGAGGCUAAACAUUUGUGAGUGGAAAAAUGCAAAAUCCAAAACGGUAUGACAUAGAAUAUGAUCUAUGGCCUCAUGUCUAAUAGGUGAGAUAGUAGUCGAGUCAUUUGCUGCUUACGUGUUUUUGUCAUAUGUCAUGUGGAGGUAAACAUGGACUUUGACAUACCUUGUGGCAUGUAUUUCUUUUUACAAUGCAACAUAAAAGCUUUGUCCUAUACUUUACAUGAGUUGAGCUUCAGUUAACCCCUGACCUUUAACAAACACUGUAACACUCAGAGACAGUGAUAGCUCAUCUGCUCUCACGAGUGAAGCUCAACAUCAUGUUCGGACACUGAAUUUGACUUUUUCAGUUUUUCUUUAUUUUUUGGGGUAAUCUUUAUUCUCAAUGUCCCUACCAGUGACUUGUGUUUGUCUGUUUUGGUUUCAUUGACUUGCUUCAUGCAACAUGGACCCCCCCCAUGUCCAUGUGUUCACUCUUGCUAUACCCUUUACUCAGCCUAAUACUCACACUUUAUAAUCCAACAGCUAUCAUUAAUAUGCUUCCCCCUAUUUAAAAAGGACAUUUACAUGUUGAUUUACAUGUAGUAUAAGUUUAACAAUGGACACUGAAUUGGGUUUGCACAGUUAAUCAUACAUUAAGCAUCAUCAAAUACAUCCACCGUCCAAGCCAAACUGACACACUCUAAUAUUUCUUUGGACAAACUUUAGCUUUAAUCACAGGACACAUUCACUGCAAUGUUGGUUCAGUAGGCUUAUGCAAGGUCACAACAUUUAUGACCAUACAAAGUUGUAUUCAUUUUUAAACAAGCUCUUUUUUUGGAAAUCAGUGAGUCAGACCAAUUUAUAAAGUCUUCUCCUGCUCAUCCCAAAGAUUCUCCAUGGGGUUCAGGUCUGGACUCUAUAGAGGCCAAUCCAUGUGUGAAAAUGAUGUCUCAUUCUUCCUGAACCAGCUGAGCUCAUUUUAUGGGCACAUAACAUUGUUGAACCUAGACCUGACCAAGGUUAUUAUCGUUAACGAAGACUAACAAAAUGACGAAAACUGGAAUUGUAA